GAAAGUCUUGGUGAAAGGUCUUGCAAUCGUUUUCCAUUUACUUCUUGGCUUUAUCGACCCAUUCGAGUGCUUCCCCUUGAACGAAGCGCAUCUUGCCUCUCCCUGCCUCGAGCUCAUAUAGCUCUAAUGAAGAGGCUGCGGCUCCUGCGAUGGAGCGGUAGUGUACUCUCACCCCGGACGAGACCCGAACCUUUGUAUUCUCACCUCCGCAAUUUUCAACGUUGUCAAACAACGGCCACUACGGUCUCAGGACCUGGGGACUAUCUCGAAGGCACCCCUAUAUUCUCCGAAGAUGUACUCGUAAAACUCCCUUCGCCUCCGGUCACAGCUGCGAAGACCUCCGCAAAGCUUGCUGCUCUACAUGCCCGACUUGCACUCCCUACACGACUUCCCCUCGAGACUCUGGCGAGGACACUUGUGGAUGAUUCAGCAGAUUCUUCAAUACGAUUCAACAAUAAACCUUUUGCUGUGCUCGGCAACGAUUUACUCGGAUACUACACUUCAGAAAAUAUUUUAGCCCAGUAUCCAAGGUUACCGAUGGCCGUGGUAUUCGCAGCCAUGUAUGCAUACCACGGUCCGGCAACGCUGUCUUCGCUAGCUAGAGAAUGGGGUGUAGAGUCUGCGGCGGAGCCUGGUGGUGAAGUUGACCCAGGCCUACUUCAGUUCAAACGACUACCUCCUGAACCCAAACCUCAGCGACCCUCACAACAGAUCAUCGAGGCCUACCAGGACGGAGAGAAGUUUCGCCGAACGAUGAGUUCAAGGACCGUCUAUGAUGACCAAUUUGGAGAUCCCCAGGACGCGCAAGAAGUGGUACAGAAAGGCGUCACCCUCGAAAGGGCCUCGACAAACUUCGUUCGGGCAGUAUUUGGCGCAGUAUACCUACAUGCGGGAAGGGCGGCCGCGAAACAAUUCUACAAUGACCAUAUUGCUUCUCGGCAAGUCAAUAUGGCGAGCCUUUUUCAGUUCAAGAACCCUACCCGGGAUUUGAGCCGGCUGUGUGCCAGAGAGGGCUUCCAGGCUCCCGUAGCCAAGAUCCUCAGCGAAACCGGUCGUAAGAGUCGGACACCGGUCUUCGUCGUCGGAAUAUAUUCCGGCAGCGAGAAGCUGGGAGAAGGGGCGGGUGCGAGCCUCAUCGAAGCUCGAACACGUGCAGCAGUUGCAGCAAUGAAGGGGUGGUAUCUGUACAGCCCGACAGAAGUUCGGUUGCCUAGUGAGAUGGAAGAACCUGGGGCUAAGGCAUGGACCCCGAUUUUGAUUGAUGCCGGCGAAAUCGCCAACUGAGUCGACUUCGAAAUCUGUUGUAAAUACCAACAUUGACCAAAGCGGUGUACUUUUACCAUUUGAGAACUAUGCCUCGAACGGCGUGGAGCCAUAGUCACAGAACUGUAAUUACUAAGAGUGUGGGAAACUUCAGAUGACCUCUUGAAAGGCGGACGGUGGUUGAAUAAUCGACUCCACGCACGUACAGUACUAUCAUCCUCUCACACAGAUUAGUCCGUGGCACAGAGCUGGCCGCUGUGUUCAUGCGAUGGGAAGCCGGGACGGCUGUCUGCCUCUUCCGAAUAGUUGAAUGCCUAGUUUGACUUCUCGCUUGAAUUCUCGUCUCCCGAAUGUUCGGCACUCGAUCUAGAACUCGUC